GCUAUGGAGCCCAUCCCUCUCCUGACGCCAUACAAGAUGGGCCAGCUCGAUCUCUCCCAUAGGGUCGUGCUAGCCCCGCUCACCCGCCAGCGCUCCUACGGGAACAUUCCACAGCCGCACGCAGCUGUGUACUACGCGCAGCGGGCAACGCGCGGGGGCUUCCUGAUCACGGAGGCCACAGGCGUCUCCGACACGGCCCAGGGGUACCACAACACCCCGGGGAUCUGGACGCCGGAGCACGUCGAGGCGUGGAAGCCCAUCGUCGCCGCCGUCCACGCCAAGGGCGCUGUGAUCUUCUGCCAGAUUUGGCACUCGGGCCGCGUGUCCAGCUACGAGCUCCAGCCCGGUGGGAAGGCGCCGGUGUCCAGCACGGAGAAGGGAGUGGGACCGCAGAUGAGCUUCGACGGAAGGCUCGAGCAGUUUUCACCACCGAGGAAACUCACGGUAGAGGAGAUUCCCAUGAUCGUGGAUGACUUCAGGAAGGCCGCCAGGAACGCCAUCGACGCGGGUUUUGACGGCGUGGAGAUUCACGGCGCCUUUGGGUACAUCAUCGAUCAGUUCCUUAAGGACAACCCCAAUGACCGCACCGACGAGUAUGGCGGCAGCCUCGAGAAUCGAUGCCGCUUCGCUCUUGAGGUGGUUGAGGCAAUCGCGAAGGAGAUCGGCGGCCACCGAGUCGGCAUCAGAUUCUCCCCCUUUGCCGACUACAUGGAAUGCCACGACUCCGACCCUCACUCCCUCGCGCUCUAUAUCUCCGCCAAGCUCAACGAUCACCACAUCCUCUACCUUCACAUGAUCGAGCCGAGAAUGGCAAUCGUGGAGGGACGACGUGUGGUGCCGAAGCGGCUACUGCCGUAUAGGGAGGUGUUCAAGGGUGCCUUCAUCGCCAACGGUGGGUACGAUGGUGCGGAGGGGAACAAGGUGGUCGCCGAGGGGUAUGCCGACCUAGUGUCCUUCGGGCGGCUGUUCCUGGCAAACCCAGACCUGCCGAAGAGGUUUGAGGUCGGGGCAGAGCUAAACAACUACGACAGGAUGACCUUCUACACCCCGGACCCUAUCGUCGGCUACACCGACUACCCGUUCCUCGAACAGUCAUCAAUCUAG